AUGUCGGUGAUAUUUUGGAGGAUAGUGAGCUUCUGGCUGUUGUCUCUACCAGUUAUCUUCGCAUUACCCCCUGCUGGUCUUCAACCUCAGAUCCCUUCGGUCGCGUUCUUCACGCCUGGGCAGGGCACCUUUGAGCUACUUCCUGAUGUCAGGAUCAUAGUGGACGCUGAGCAUGGUCUCGAGGGAUCGCCCUCCGCGUAUAGCUUCGGGGAGACCUUCCGCACCGAUCUCAUGGGCGUGGCAGGCUACAACUAUAUCUCCCCAGUAGCGCUCUCGGAUUACAGCGUUGGCACCGUGUCCACUCCCGUGAUCUACAUACUCAUAGACCCGACUUUUAAUUUCACGCUAUACAACGGCAAACCCACUCCAGAAGGUUAUAACUUCGAGGUCACAGAGUACACAUACACCAUCACUGCAUCGGCACCUAUCGGGGCAUGGUGGGGCACCAGAACCCUGCUGCAACAAACAGCUUUGAACUUUGCUAAUGAUUUCCAGACCAUCACAUUACCUGCGGGGACAGGUUCGGACUCGCCGGGUUGGGAGAUUCGAGGUUUCAUGCUGGAUGCCGGCAGGCAUUGGUUCGACUCUACCUUCCUCGCCGACUUGUGCGUCUACGCAUCCUUUUUCAAGAUCAACGAAUUUCACGUUCAUGCUUCCGAUAAUCUCUGGAACCCUGACUAUUUGUAUGGUUCUGGAGAUAGCUGGAAGGAGCUCUACGCGGCAUUCCGUUUCCAGGCUCGUCCUGGAUCAUCGGUCGAAGGCCUUGAUCAAAGGGUGAACGAGAGUUGGACGCAGAGCGAGUACUCCGCGAUGCAGGAGAUAUGCACAAAUCACGGCGUGACCAUCAUCCCAGAGAUUGACACUCCUGGCCAUUCACUCGUCAUUACGCAGUGGAAGCCUGAACUCAUGCUCAGCGGCUCGCCCGACAUGCUGAACCUCUCAUACCCCGAGACAAUUCCUACUAUUCAGACGAUCUGGAAGGAGUUUCUUCCGUGGUUCACGUCCCCCGAGGUAUCUAUCGGUGCGGACGAGUACGUUGCCAGCCUAGGUGACGAGUACACCGCCUUUGUGAACGAGAUGUCUGACUAUAUCUACGCGGAGUCCGGCAAGUCAAUCAGGAUCUGGGGCACGCUUGAGCCGAGCUCAACGCCCAUCUCCCACAACGUCACCAUUCAGCAUUGGGACUUCCCCGACGAGGAUAUUCCUGUCCAGCUCAUGGAGAAGGGGUACUACAUCAUAAACUCCGAACAAUGCUUUCUCUACCUCGACGGGAAGACGUCGUCCUACGGGCAGUUCCCGCAGACGCUUGACCUCACGCUGAUGUUCUCUGGCGCGCCAGAUGGAACCGGCUAG